AUCUAAUCGAAAUGACACCCAUCAAUAUUUUAGUUGUACUCAUUUUGUCUUUCGGCACCAUACUGUCGAUGGGAGAAAAUGGCUCCAGCAGACAGUUACCAUUACCAUCAGCUCCAGUUUGCGACCCCACAUACAAAUAUCGCACCUUUGACGGAACUUGCAACAAUUUGAAAAACCAACGCUUUGGACAAGCAAAUACGAUUAACCAGCGACUGAUGGGCCCCGCAACCUACGCCGAUGGUAUUUCCAAGAUUCGUUUAUCAGCAUCAGGCGCCCCUUUGCCGAGUACCCGCUUAAUUACGACUAUUGUCACCGUGAAUGAGAGUGUCUCAAAUAAUGACGCAUCAUUAAUGACAAUGCAAUGGGGCCAAUUCCUAGACCAUGAUUUCGCACAAGCAUCAGCCGCGAGAAACAGUACCGGGGGAACUAUUAGCUGCUGCGAUGGAGGUCGAUUUGGAAACGUUACGGCCAAUCCCGAUCCCGAGUGCCUACACAUCGCCAUCCCAAGCAAUGAUCCUGUUUACACUAAUGCCAAUUGCAUUAACAUGGUUCGUACUUCAUUCGGUUUGUAUCUCAACGGCAGUACGCCACGCAGCAGGGAACAGAUCAGCUUAUUGACUCCAUGGAUCGAUGGUUCCAUGAUCUACGGAGUCACUAAUGCAACAGCUCAAUCUCUGCGUGACCUUAACUCAACCAAAGGAUUAAUGAAAGUAUCGAUCCAGAAUGGAAAGGUUUUUCUCCCGCUCGCUAGUACCUGCUGCCCCAAUGAUCCAAACAAUACAUGCAUUGAUGCUACGACGUGCUUUACAGGGGGUGAUACCAGAUUACGUCAACAGCCGUUGCUUACGGUCCUGCACACACUUUGGCUGCGUGAGCAUAAUCGUAUAGCUAAUGCAUUAUUUGCUAAAUUCGGAGCAAGCAAAUCGAGCGAGUACUACUAUCAAGAAGCACGUCGCAUCGUGAUUGCCGAGUUACAGCAUAUCACUUACACAGAGUAUUUAUCGGUCAUUCUUGGACCCAAAGGGCUAUUUACUGGACCGUACAAUCCAAAUUCUGACCCUGCAAUGUUUAACGAAUUUACGGCUGCUGCCUAUCGUAUGGGCCACUCUCAGUUGCGAAGUUUCAUCAGGCUGUACGAGGCUGAUGGAACUCGAAGCAACCAGAGCUUUUUCCUCGGCAGCACUUUCAACAAUGCUACUCGCCUGCUCUACACUAACUUUUUUGACAACGCAAUACGCGGACUAACACGAUCUCCGGCUCAAACAGUGGACGAAUGCUUUGCUGACGACAUCACUAGCCAACUACUGCGAACACAGACGGCCUCCCUGGGCGGCGAUUUGAUUUCAAUCAACAUGCAACGCGGGCGCGAUCACGGCAUGCCACCUUAUAUAAUUGCCCGACAAAUUGCUUUGAAAUGGCUAAAAGACAGACCGGAAACGCCCCUCCCCACCACAAUGGAUCAGCUGAAUACGACAACUUCGCCAGAAAUUAUUAACUACUUCAAAAAAGUUUACGAAUCAGUAAAGGAUAUCGAUUUGUACAUUGGCGGAGUAACUGAGGAUCGAUUGCCAGGGUCUGUCGUGGGACCAACAUUUACUUACAUAAUCGCAAAACAAUUUGAGAAUUUGAGGCAAUCAGAUCGAUUUUUCUAUAGUGACACAACGCAAAAUGUUUCUUUCACUGCAGUUCAAGUGAACGAAAUCAAGAAAGUAACGCUUGCUCGCAUCAUCUGUGACAACAGUGAUGGAACUAUCCAGCAAAUUCAACCCAGCGUCUUCCGCAACCCAAUGGGCCCAAACAAGCCCGUUCCAUGCAUAAGCAUAAGCGGAAUCGACUUCGCCAAGUUCGUAAAGUAACCAUCUUCAUCAAAGAUGGUUGCAGAUAUAUCAAGACAGGAAUAAAAAGAAUUGCACAUUGGGUUUUCAUUGCAUCUAGAACAUGAAAUCAUUCGAAAAAAAAACUUAUUGGGUUUAGUGGAAGCUAUUAUGACUUCUUCAUCAAUAAUCUAACAAGUGUAGUGGGUUGAAAACAUGCCUGACUGAAGACAUAACUAGCUAUCCAGUUGAAAUUUAUAAUGGUUUUUGGACUGUUUCUUUAAUGACUAGAAUUCAUGCAUGGUUGUGGGUAAUAUAUAAACAAAUGCACUUACCAAGUUUUUU